UCGUGUUCGGCGAGAGGGACUCGUCAUCGGAAUUACAAUUUCACCGGAAGUCCAGCCGCCGAGUGCAUACGCGGCCGAGCGUUACCCCCGCGCCGGCCCACCAGCCGCCACGAAGGUUCGAACCUAGUCCGCGGGGGUUGGAGAGAACCGCGUGGCGCGCGUGCGCAGUGGUCGCGGGGCCGGUGUACGUUGCACAACUUUACCACACCCGCGUCGGACGCGUUUCUUCCGCAGUAUCGUUUCAACUGGCUUUCGUUUCGUAUUUAUCUCUCUCGCGACACCUUCAAUUCUUAUCGCGCGCGAGAACACCGCGAACCUCGAUCCAGACGCACAACCGCUGCAGCCAUUGUCGCACACUCAUGUAAUCCUAAACGAUACGUAUAUCCAGUAUCGACGGCUUGAAUUCAACUAACCUUAUACGUCAUGGAGUUCCAGUUCAAUAUCAAGAAUGUAGCCACUGAGGAGAUGCUUAAAGUCGACAACACGUUGAUGGCAGUUGGACACGAAGAAAACUCAGAUUUAAAAAAUUGUAUGGCCAAGAUCAUUGAUGAGAUGGGCAAAGCAUCAGCAGUGGCGCAAGAGUUAAAAACGCCUGUUACCAGUGCUGACAAGCUUGUCAACUCAGAUCACAUAGUCUACUUGAUGACUGAACAUGAUAAGCCAGGGCAUUUUACUGUUGUCGGAAUUUUGAAGAUGGGAUGGAAAAAGUUGUUUCUCUACGAUAAAGCAGGUUCCCGAUCCGAAGCCUUGGUGUACUGUUUAUUGGAUUUUUACAUUCACGAGUCCAAACAGCGUAAAGGCUAUGGAAAACGUUUGAUCGAAUAUAUGUUACAGGAUAUUGAUUUAGAAGCCAAACAUUUAGCCAUUGACAAGCCUACUAAAAAGCUAAUGCAGUUCAUGUGGAAGCAUUUCCAACUAUCUAAAUUAGUAAACCAAGGAAACAAUUUUGUGAUUUUUGAAGAAUUUUUCGAUGAAUCUUUGGAUGAAAAGAAUCAUGAUAAUUCAGGGCAUAGAGCAUCAGCUUAUCAGCGACAGCCUAAGUUUGGAAGGCACGGAGCCCACAAACAUCAUGAUUCUAUGGGCGAAAUUGUUCAAGGUGAAGGUGAUGCUGCAUUUGUAAAGCAUAAGUACAAUCCUGACACUGAAUUCGUUAAUAAUCAAUUCAAAGAGGAAAACCCACAUCCUGAAAAUCUUGGUGCAUUUCAAACUGACAGGGAUGGAAAUUCUGUGAAACGAGAUCUUAAAUUUCAUCACAAUUCUUUAUGGUGAAUCAAAAACUAAUUGUGUAUACCACCAGUUUCCAAACUUUUCAUUCAAGAUUCCCCAAAAUUAAAAUUUGAGUCUCCCAUGAAUAAAUUAAAUAAGAUACAGAUUACAAUAAUUAUUUGACUCUUAACUGUUUAAAUAUACCAAAUAAUUUGACUUGUACAUCAAAUUAGUAUGAAAGUAAAGUGAUAUUUUCACUCCAUGUCUUUUCCGAUAUAAACUUUUAAAGGAGACCUAACAGUUUGGAAACAGCUGGUGUAUAUCAAUAAUAUUCCAUUAUCCUAUUUAAUGCCAUUAAUAUAAAAUAUUAAUUUCAAUCAAGCUUUUAUUUGUAAUUGUAUUAUUUUAAUGAUUAUAAUUGUUCAAGCAAAUUUAACUUUUAUUUUAACUAAUUAAAAUGUUCUCUAACAAUGAACCAUAGUUCCUCAAUUGAGUUUUAAUAAUGUUUAAAAUUACAUUUUUUA